AUGCCUACUACUCUAAAAUCAGCGUAUUUACACCGUUUUCCCCAGAUCUAUGACCCGCAGAACAAGCGCUACGAAGUCCCAAUCGACACCCCCAAGGUCACAAGCAAGGUCAGCAGUACAGACUACAAGGUCGACUUCCAGCAGGUUCCAGCUGGCUUGACCAUCUCGAGGUCAAGCACGGGCUCGAAACUUUUCGACACAACCAAAUACCAGCUAACCUACGCCGACCAGUUCAUCGAAAUCUCCAGCAGUCUCCCAACAAAAUAUAUCUACGGCCUCGGUGAACACCGGGGACAGCUUUGGCUGGAUGGAACCAACACCAAGAAAGUGACCUUCUGGGCUAGGGACGUCCCACCCCAGGAAAAUACCAACCUGUACGGGACACACCCCUUCUUCAUCGGGAUUGAAGAGGAUGGCGAUGCCUAUGGCGUGUUUCUGCUUAACAGCAAUGCAAUGGAUAUCAUUAUAUACGGCUCAACUAUCACCUACCGGACCAUUGGAGGCAUUCUGGACUUCUGGGUUUUCACUGGUCCAACUCCUGAUGACGUCAUCAGCCAGUACACCGCUGUGAUUGGUCGGCCCAUAAUGCCGCCAUACUGGGCGCUCGGGUUUCACUUGUGUCGGUGGGGUUAUGGAGGAACAGAUGGCAUGAUGCGUGUGGUAAACAGAAUGAGAGCCGGAAAUUUCCCUUACGACACUCAAUGGAACGACAUUGACUACAUGCAUAACCACUACGACUGGACCUACGACACCGUCAACUAUCCAUACCUCGACAAAGUGGUCGAAGAUCUCCACAACCACACCCAGCACUACAUCAUGAUCGUGGACCCGGGAAUCCCCAACAUCAAGGGGUACAACCCUUACGAUUCUGGUAUAGCAAAGGGGAUUUUCAUCCAGGCGGCGGACGGCUCUGGUCCAAUUAUCGGUGUGGUAUGGCCUGGUACCACAGCCUACCCAGACUUCAGCAACCCAGCUUCCUACGGCUACUGGUUGGACUUGGCAAGUGGCUAUCGAAAGCAGAUCCCAUUUGAUGGAAUUUGGAUUGACAUGAACGAACCAUCAAACUUUGUUGUUGGCUCAACCAAGGGGUGCCCUGCCAACAACAAAUAUGACUACCCACCAUUCGUCCCCGGGGUCCUUGGCGGCAACCUCCGAGACAAGACUAUCUGUCCGUCUUCCCCGCAGAACCUCUCCAUUCAUUACAAUCUUCACAGUCUGUAUGGACACUUUGAGAUUGUACAGACAAACAAGGUUCUCACCAACCUGACGAAGAAGCGACCAUUCACCGUGAGCCGUUCUACAUUCGCUGGCUCAGGGAAAUACGGAUUCCACUGGCUCGGUGACAACAAUGCCGAUUGGAAUAAUAUAUAUUAUUCGAUUCCCGGUAUCCUGAACUUCAACAUGUUUGGUAUUCCAAUGGUUGGCGCUGACAUCUGUGGUUUCAUGGGCUCAACCACCGCUGAGCUGUGCGCGCGAUGGAUGCAACUUGGAGCAUUUUACCCUUUCAUGAGGAACCAUAAUAUGAAAGGUGCACCCGACCAGGACCCUGCCAACCCAAGUUUCCCAAAAUCGGCCCAGGACGCCAUGAGAGACGCCAUCACCCUUAGAUACACAUUACUGCCAACGUUAUACUCCCUGCUCUACAAAAGUCAUAUCAAUGGUACAGGAGUAGCUAGGCCAUUGUUUUUCCAGUACCCCAAAGAUUCCAAGACGUAUACCAUCGAUAAGCAGUUCCUGUGGGGAGACUCGUUGAUGAUUUCACCAGUUUUAACUCAGGGUGCCGCCACCGUUGAUGCUUACUUCCCUAAAGAUGUCUGGUUCGACGACGCGACGGGCAAUAAGAUGGCG